UCAUAUUAAUGAACUAAUAUCCUGGAAGUUUUAGGUGUUUAUAUUCAUUCAUAAUUAUAAACAUAUAAUAACCGUUUAUUUACCUAACAGGAAAUAUACGGUUAGCUAUUGUGUUAACUGUCUUACGCCCCCUCUGAUAUAUUAAGGAGAAGUAAACUUAAACAUAAUUUAGAGUACCAAUCUCGACAAACGUUUACAAACUGAACGUCAAUCAAUUCAUAUUUCAAAGCAGUAAAGUAAUAAUACAUAAUGGAGACCUAAUUUAUUACUCAUAUUAUUAUGUAAUCGAUCCAUAUGCAGGUUACACCACUUAAACCAGAAUUGCAAAAAUGCAUAUUGUAUGUCGGCUUCCGAAACUGAACAAACCAGUUUAUAGUAAAUUAUGCGAUGUAUAAAAUCGAGAGCUUUUGUUGAGGCAGAGUUAAUUUUGCAAGUGCUUUAGACUAGUUAGCAUCAUUAUGAUUACAAGGGUAUUGGCCGUUUUGGCUAUCACAGCGGUGGCCCAUUGUCAAGAGCACCAUUCACACUCAUAUUCCACCGUCAUCACACAUGAAGCGCCAAAGAAGAUCGAACAUCAUAUCCCAUCGUAUACCACCUACGAAAUACCUACCCACCACGAAUCUAUUUCAUCACUCUCAUCAUCUUCUGUUUCAUCUAAAGAACAAGUUCCUAAUUACAUCCUUCCUACUCCCGAAGAAGUUGAAAAACUACCGCCUCCAGUAGUCCGUACCCACAUACCUUCCGAGCCCGCUCCCGUUCACCAAAACCAAGAACCUCCGGUUCCUGUUCAACAUUACUUUACACCUGUCAACUUCCAAGCCAAACCUGUCCAGCCAGCGCUUAAGCCCAUUCCUGUACUUCAGCAAACAGUAUCUGUGCAUCACCAAGCUCCUGUCGAACAAUCGGUUUCCCUGCACUAUCAAUCCGCCCCAGCAAUCCAAACAGUAUCCCUGCAUCAUCAACCUACGAUUCAAUACGAGUCUAAUCCAUUACAUUAUGAAUCUCCUGUGCAUCAUUUCUCCACUCCUUUGCAUAAUGAUAUUGCGUCGUUUCAACACGAAUUGCACCAACCUCAUCAUGAAGAGCACCAUGAAGAUUAUUACGCGUACCCUAAGUACGAGUUCGAGUACAAGGUGGAGGACCCGCACACCGGCGACAAGAAGUCCCAGCACGAGUCCCGCGACGGUGACGUCGUGAAGGGCUACUACAGCCUGCACGAGGCCGAUGGUUCUGUUCGUACAGUCGAGUAUUCAGCUGACAAGCACAACGGAUUCAACGCGAACGUGAAGAAUGACCACCACCAGAGCCAUCACUAAAUGCCCUGGACCUGCAAUACUAUUGAUUAAAUACCUCUUUGUUUAUUAUUAUUAUAAGUAGUCGUUCCUACCUUAAGUUUUUAUUAAAUAAAUAAAUAUUUACUUUAUUUGUCUAAA